AGACCAGAACCUGGACGGAACCAGACAAGAACCUAGAUGGGACCAGACCCAAGGACCUCCAGCAGGCGGCGCUCGGCCCCGUGUCGCUGCUGCCAGUAAACCUGCAGCAGAAGAAGAAGCGGCGGUGGCGUCAGUUAGCAGCGGGUUAACGAGAAGCUAACACCACCGGGAUGUCUACGGCCUCCAAAGCGGUUCUGGGAAUUUCUGUGGUUCUGACUCUGAGCACCGUGGCUGCCGUCCACUUCAAACAGUCCUGGGACAGACAGCGUCUCCACGAAGGUGUGGUUCGAGAUCUGGAGCGUCUGGAGAGGAAGAAGGAGAACCUAAAGCUGCUGGAGGAGCAGAGGAUCCUGACCAGACAGCUGGAGGUGGAGAGGAGACACAGGGAGGCAGAGCUCCGCCCACAGGACACCUGA